AUGGCAUCCAAAUCGUCUAUGCUAGACAUCGAGGACGUGAAACCUCCAACCUACGACGAUACUCUUGCAGAAGCAAAGGAACAGAUCAAUUGCGGAGAGACACCGAGCUUAUUUCUGGACAAAACCACAAUUUUUGCCAAUACAUCACCACCUCGCGCCCUCUAUGAAUUGAGCAACGUCGUCACAGAGGCAAAGUCGCUUGUUUACGGGGUCCAAAAGGUCGUUUACAGAGUAAGCCCAGCAGUCGGCAGCGACAAGAUCAGGACAAGACUAGAUCACAUCUACGACUUCACCCAAGAUCCUCUAAAAGGACUCGAAAGUUUCAAAAUGCAGCUGAACGACGUGAUUGUUAUCCAAGGCCAGAAGAGUUCGAAGAAAACAUACAAGGAAGUGCACUUGAUGCCCGGUGUGGUUGGAUGGAAGGUCAAGGAUCACUUUAAGGUCGGCGACAGUCCUGCGCAUCAGCUGAAGCAUGAGAACAAGGUUCACUGGAAGAACACGAAGGGCGAAGUGAUUGCUAUUGAGACACUGCCCAAGCGAGACAAGCAGAGGAGCUUGCUCAACAUGCCGCAAUUAGAUAUCAAGGUUCCGAUGGAGAACAAAGAUUUGGACCUCCUGGUUACGAGUUGGAUGGCGAGACUCUGGCGACAGUCUGCAGAUGAGACCAAGGAGCCUAUGACGUGGCAAGACUAUUUCCAAGAUCGCGCUCAGUAA